UUCUGUUGGCCUGGUUAUGUACAUUUUGUAGACAGGGAGAGCAUAAAAAUCUUUGUGACUUAAGUCAAAAUUCAGGAAGAUGUAAUAGCCUACUAUAACUGUGAGCAGCUGACUGACUUCCUGUGAUGACAAACCCUGAGGGGAGGCUAAGUAGGACCUGUUGGAAGAACAGACAAAUAAAGCUGAGCUGAUAGGGUUAUGUAAGCUUUGGCACUGAAUCAGGAGGCAUUCUGUACAAACCCUCUUUCUAAAAUAACUCAAAAACAUCUGAACAUAACUUUUUUUUUUUUUUUUUUAAUGGCUAUUGAUAAUUAGAUAUAUGCUGAAAUUUGCAACCACUGUUUAAAUAUAUCAUGUUUGUGGUCAUUUUAAUCUUUAUAAGUAGGUUUUUAGUCAGCAGCAUGCACCUUUCUUGAUGUAAUUGUAGCUGAGCAGACAGCAACUGAAGUUCAUUGAAGUGACAUAUGCCUAAUCUGUGUGUCAGCUGGUACAGUAUGUUCUGUUUGAUAUUUACUUGGUGCAGUACUCACAUUUCAAAAUUCAGUCAACAAUAAACACUAACAUGUACCCUGUGGUCAGGAACAUGGGAUUGUGCACGUAGUUUUCUGAUUUGGAGGUUGCUGCCAUGCUAGUCAUGUAAAAAAAUGAAAAAUAACUCCUUAUAGUGCCAAUUGAGUUUGGGGUUAAGGAUGGAAAUAAUCAUAUCUAGUAAAAUAUACUUGAAAUGGAAAAGUGAGUUUUGUACUUUUCCUUUGAUACUUUUUCAGCUCCAGGUAAUGUGAUCAUGUAUUUUUGCAUAAAAUCAAUACUUGUUAAUGUUUUAAAAGCUGAAUUAAACAUGUUUGUUUUGCAGAUCUACAGUGUACAAUUUUGCAUUUUGAAUAAGUUAACAUUUUUGCUAUAUAUUUUUGUCUCUACAUUUUCUUCUGAAACAUAAUCAAUAGGCUAUAUAAAUUGGUAAUUCAGGUUGAAGGAGGGGGGUGUCUUGUGGCAAAUAGCCUUCAGAUGUUUAAAACCAAGAUUAAGCUUGGCUCAGCUUCUGGAAGAAGCCUUUUAGGCUAAAAUAUACAUUGUUUACUCACUGUAUAAAAAGAUAUAUAAUGCUUCAAUAAUAGUUAAGAUAUCUGGGUUUUAGAAGUGAAGAUGAUCUUUAAUAUUUCUGGACCUUCUACCUUUAAUUCGCAUGUGGUUAAUUAAAACCUAUGCAAAAUGCCUUAAUUUCAUUAUAUUUAGAGUAUAUACUGACCUCCAGUUGGCUACUGGUAUAUAUUGGAAAGUCUUGUGUGCCCAUCUUAGGUAGCAGAUUUUUGUGAAUUUUUGUUUCUUAGCUGUAAACUAUUCAAAAAUUAACCCUCACUCAUUUUUCUGCUGCAGUUAAUAGCUGUCUGAGUGCUGUUAUGAUGCCAGAUAUUGUUCUAAAUCGUUAUUCCAACUAACUGGAGUUAGGCAACUGCUAAGAAACCUGUGCAGAAAUGCUCUGCCUAACCUAGCUGUAAUUUUACACUUUGAAUAGUUGCUUUUAACAGUUGUUUGAAAUAGAAAUAAUUAACAUGAUACUUUAUUUGAAGUAGUACUAAUGUUGUAUAUAAAACAGUACUUUACACAGGCAAGGAGUUUGCCUCAAUGUUUGAUAAAGAUGUUUCUCAUAGAUAAAACUGUAGUGAAAUGUAAACCAGCCAUGUUUUGAGGGACUGUUUUAAGGGAAGGUCUUCAUAGUGUGGCUGGAACAUUGUUAAACCUUGCCUAUACCUGGGAGGGACUGGUCCUGCUUCUGUUGCAGUUGUUAGACAUUGCUUUGAGAGGCUUUUAGAAUGAUAGUUGAACCUUUCUUCUCCAAGUGACCAUGAUUAAAUUAUGUGGUUGAUACAAUUAGAAAAAGCUAGUUCAUAUUAAAGAAUUGAUCUGUUAUGAUUGUACCUUCUGUGUCAGUACUUACUACUUUCCUGGUAUAUGCUUUUCAUACUGUUUUGAUUUUGAGGAUUGUCUCCAGAGAAUCCAAAUGUGGCAAAUAUUUUCAUUAUCACCAUGGGGAGGGCAUAAUUUCUAUUUUGUUCACAAUGUUAACAGAAGGAUUUUUUGAACUAUCAUAGCAUUGUAGAACAAACAAAUGUACAUAAAAAAUUAAAAUGUAAAAAAUUUAAAAGGAAGAUUUUUUCACUGUUUCUGAAAUAAUUUCUAUACAGGUACAAUAGAAAUAGAGGUAUACUCCUAUUCAUACAGCAAAACUCAUAAACAUUUGUUUGGGGUUUUUCAGUGGACAGUUUGAGAAGGAGUCUCUGAAGGAUGUGAGGUAGGUUUUGUUUGUGUUCUUUCAGGAAGUCUUUCAGGCAUGGAGAUAAGAAAAUUAGUAUGCAGCUAAGUGGUUUUGAGUAAUACCAAUUAUUUCAAAUGUAGUAGAGGUAGAUGCUUAAGGUCGCUUGAGAUCUUUGCAGGAACAGUUCUAGAGGCUUAAAAGUAAGUUUUUAUAAAGAAAUCGACAUGAACAAUAAACAUGAAAGCUUUUAAGAUUUCAUUAUAAAAAUAAUUGUUUUAAAUAUAUGUAUGUAUAUAAUAACACAGAAUAUGCGUUCUGUGACAGCUUUCAUAUUACUAAAUGUAAUUACUGGUUUGGGUUUUUUGCCCUUCAGAGUCAAAACAAGCAUAUAGGUCAGAUUUGUAGGUCAGUCAAUGCAAUUUAUUCAGAUGUUAUUUCUGAGUUUGCUAAGCUGAAACAGAAAGCCACAGUAUAAUUUCUAGUGUUAUUACAUUAGUCAUGAACUGACGGACAGAUGGAAGAAAAGCUGGUGCUCAGAGGUCUUGUAUCCAUGAUUACAUGAAGCACCCGUACCAGGUGACUGAUGUCAUGUUUUCUCCACCUGCUUAAUUAUUAUCUGUGUCAUCUUGGCAGGAUGCAGCAGUCCUGCAAUACAUAGGCAUUUUAACUUCCCCCUCCCCUUUCUGGACCCUAAGAAAGAUUUUGUAGAAGCUAAAUAUGGUGUUACAGAAGUAAUCAUUGUAACACCUGCAUUGACGUUACAGAAUGUAUAAUCAAUAUUAAUGCAGGUUGUGAGGAAGCUAUAUUUUUGUGUGCUGGCGUACCUUAUAUAGACUGGAAAUAGAUAUAUUCCAGGAUUCCUAUAGAAAAUGGAGAAGAACACUUGUUCAGUUAAAUACAUACUCUGUUCUUCCUUACAUGCCUUUCCUUUUGCUCAUUGCUGAACUAUUACUGCUUUGUGCUAAGAAGUUUAUUUGGGCAAUCUCAUUAUAAUUUAAUUUACCUCUUUAAGAUGUGCAACAGCAGUAGCCAAGACUUUUUAAGUGAAUAGUAUCACUGCACUUGUCUGGAAAGAGCAGAAUGUGUACUGUGCUUUGAUGUCAUCCAUGUUGGGAUGAAGGUGAUGGCUCUGUCAAUUUGUGGUUCUUGCACAGGACCUGCUGCAGCCAAGUUGCUUUGUUUCACCCUCAGCAAAGAAGGGGCUUCUUUGAGUACUCUUAGCAGCUUUCUGACACAGAAGGGACACGAGGCAGAACUGGUAGUUGGUACUCACCCUGGAAAGGUGUAGGCAGGGGCAGGAAUGUGUGACAAGUGCUAAAAAGAAUGGCAUUCCUUCAUGGAGGGAAGGGAGGAAAAGCUGGGGUGAUGGCAGAGGCACAGGAAUUUUUGUAGAGGGUGUAGGCAGGGUGUGGAAAAGUGGAAGCAUAUGUUGGACAUAAACACUAGUGCUGGGCAGUCCUAACACACUGAUCUUAAAAGCAAUGCCCAGCACUUUGGUAAAAUGACCCAGUGAAAUAUCUGAUAGUUUAUUUCAGAAGAUAUUUUGCUAAAAUACAAAUUGAGGCAUGUCUUUACAAUAUAACACAAGGAAAAAAAACUUUUUUCUUUUUGAUGAUGGUUUUAGCAGUUGCUGCCCACCUGUAAUGGGCAUGGGGGUCAUGGCCGUCAUAUGAGGCUAAUAUAUAGUUGUGUUUGAGAAUUGACCUCUAAAAUCUUGCAACUAUGGUCUGGUUCAGAUCAGUAUUUUAAAUUUAGUAACUUUGUAUUUUGGGUUCAGAAGCCUUUUGGCAGGGUUUUGGACAGAACUUUAUUAAAGUAUUUUGUUGAUUUCAUUCUUGCAAUCUUUAUUAAGAAAUAUAACAUACUUUUAAAGCUAUAAACCUGUGUGUUCACCAGGUAAAUGUUUAUAGGCCUCUAAGACAUCUUGAUUUUUCUGCUUUUCUUCACAAAUUUUUUAUUAUUUUGAUUUUAGUACCUUGGUGUUUGCCUUUGUGUGGCAGGUAAUAUGGGCAAGGGUGUAAUGAGGGAGAAGAGAAAGAGUUGUUUUUUUAAUAUAUAAAGGAUGGUAGCUGAAUUUAGCCAGCUUCCAGGGUUGUGAGUGGUUAUGAUCUAUCCUUCUGUCUGGGAAAUGAAAAUCUGUAUUCUUUGUCUAGGAAAUCUAAAGGAGAACCGUGCUUAUGAAGAGAUGACGUGUAAUGUCCCACAGAACUCAGAAGCCUCUGCACACACUGACAGUGCCCAGGAAUGGGCACAGGAACAUGACCGACAGGGAACUUUUGUUGGAUUUCCACAGGACUGUCCUGUUUCUGUGUUAGCUCUAGCACAAGCUGGCUUUGUUUAUACUGGAGAAGGUGACAAAGUGAAGUGCUUCAGUUGCCAUACAAUUAUUGAAGGAUGGCUGCCUGGGGAUUCUGCAGCUGAGAGGCACAAAGAGCUUGCCCCCAAAUGCAAGUUUAUUACUGAAUCUGCUUUUCUGGAAACUAACAUGGAUCCUGUUGCCCAGAACUCCCAGAGCAGAACUGAAAAUGGUUCCGGCAAUUCAGCCCUCCCAUGUUCUCUGGAUGACCCUCAUGUGGAGGCAGAUUACCUUUUGAGAACUAGGCAGGUUGUGGAUAUGUCAGAUAGUUUGUAUCCUAGAAACCCUGCUAUGUGCAGUGAAGAAACAAGGUUAAAGUCUUUCCACAACUGGCCGCUCAGUGGCCAGUUGACUCCACAGGAAUUAGCUAAUGCUGGAUUUUAUUAUACAGGUGUUGGUGACCAGGUGGCAUGUUUUUGUUGUGGUGGAAAAUUGAAGAACUGGGAACCCACUGACAGAGCUUGGUCAGAACACAGGAGGCAUUUUCCCAAAUGCCUUUUUGUCCUGGGCCGGGAUAUUGGAAAUAUUUCAAGUGAAUCUAUUCCUGCUGAGCAUGGCAUAAGUGGUCUGAACAAUGCACAGCACCCAAGGAAUCCCUCUAUGGCAAAAUAUGGAAAACGCUUACAAACAUUUUUAUCUUGGAUAUAUCCUGUUGACAAGGAGCAACUUGCAGAAGCUGGAUUCUAUAGCAUAGGUAAUGGUGAUCAUGUUGUGUGUUUCCACUGUGGUGGAGGAUUGCAAGAAUGGAAGGAAAAUGAAGACCCUUGGGAUCAACAUGCCAAAUGGUUUCCUGGGUGCAGAUUUGUGAGCAAGGAAAAGGGGAUAGAAUUUAUAAACAAUGUUCACUUAAGAGAUGGAUGUAGAGAUUCAACAACAGAAGCAGCUGAAGGGAUAAUACUUCCUAAAGAUGAUCUCUUACAGAAUCCUUUGGUACAAAGUGCCAUAGCCAUGGGUUUCAGUUUGUCUGAGAUUAGGAACACCAUGGAAAAGAGAUUGCAGAUGACUGGAGAAAGUCACACAUCUGUUGAGGAUCUGGUAGCAGACUUAAGUGCUCAUAAAGAAAAUACAAGGGAAGAAGAACCAAAUGAAAUCCCAGUUGAGCAAGAUGAGCUUAUUCAGUUACAGAACCUCUACCUCAGUACUGAAGAGAAGUUAAGACGUUUGCAGGAAGAAAAGCUCUGUAAAAUCUGUAUGGCUAAGGACGUGUCAGUUGUCUUCAUUCCCUGUGGUCACCUAGUUGCCUGUAAGGAAUGUGCUCAAUUACUUAAUGAAUGCCCUCUAUGUCGUACGGAUAUUACGAAAAUACAGGAAAUUUUUAUGUAUUAAUGAAGUACACAGCAUUAUGGCCACAAAUGUUUCCUGUUUUAUUACUUUAAAAAUGUGUAAUGUAAUGUAAAAAAUGUAGUUAAUUCCAGAAUGUAACCAUAUGGCAGGAUUUAGAUUUUUCUGCUGUUAAACUCUACACAUUUUAACACUUUACAAAUUAUUUUCCUUAGAUGAAAUUUUUUGUAUGUAUAAUGCAAUAUGUAUGAAAGGCAAAUAUGUAUAUUUUGUAACUUCAAUUCAUAGACCUAUUAUGAGAAAGCCCAAGUAAUGUUAACCUUUAUUUAUGUGAUCAUUCUUUUGCUUCACUUUGGUAGGACUCUGCAUGACUGAAGUUUGUGCAAAUAGAGUUGUACAAAGAGCCUGUCCCUAUAUAUAAAUUUUAAAUAAGUUAAUUCAAAAUAUAAUUGUACACAUGUAUAUUAUACCUGAGCUUUUUUUUUUUUUUUUUUUUAGCUUUUUAAAAAUAUUAUGUAGGAUUGAAAAUAGUCUCUUUUUUUCUGUAACUUUGGUUGUGACAUAGUUCGGACAACACACAUAAAACUGCUCCUGUAACCUUAUGGUUACUUCUGCUACUUUGUAGGUUUGUCUGUUGUAAUUUAAUUCCUGUCUCCCCAUCUAUUUUUCUGGUUCAGAUGUAUAAAUUGUCUUCAGUAAACUGGUUUUAGUCAUCUGUUUUUCACAAAGAUCCAUCUUUAUAUAAAAUGUACAUUAAUUUUAUUGAUUAAAAGAUAACUCAAGAGAAAUUAAGUACAUGUACCCUGUGCCCUUCAUGAGAGGAGGCUCAUUUUAAAUUUGCCCCCUACACAUAAAGAUGUUCAGUUUGACAUUUUUCUUCUUUGUUUUUUUUAAACAUCAUUAUCAGUAUCAUCCUAACUGAUUUAUCUGCUAACACUUUGCACUGCUUCAUAUCGUAUAUUUUCAUCUAUUUUUAUCUCCUAGAAAACGCUUUUUUUAAAAUUCACUGGCAAUGAAUUAGAAAUCUUUCAAUUUUGUCUAUGUCAGUUUGCAGCAUUUAAAUUUAAAAGUUGAGAACUAUUCUAAUGAAUGCCACCUUAAAAUACUUAAACUACAUUUUGCUGGACUGAUCCUUCAUUUCUGAUUUUUAAGGUGUUACAGCUUUGUAUUUAGGUACAGCUGUUUUACGAUCACUGCUUAAUUAUGUGACUUCCUUAUUUUGUGGAGCUGCUGAUAUGUUCUGUGUAUAUAUUUUUGAGUUCUACCUACUAAGGUUUAGAAUGUAGAAUAUACAGAACACUGUUUUUCAUGUUACAAAAGUUUUGGAUACACAGAAAUGUAUUAUCUACCUUUUCUAUUUUUUUAAAUCUAUGCUGUGUAGUGGUAUGAAUAUUUAAAAUAAAGUGCAAUCCAGUGUUCCUUGAUCAGUGUAUUUGAUUCUCACAUUAAAAAAACCCCAGAAGACUGCUUGCUGUUGCUUUUUGUUUUGUAAUUAAACUUGUUAAUUUAACCUGAGUGCUGUUAAGGAUAAUGAAUAUAUUUUAAUCAGAAAGGAAAUAAAAAUCUGUUGCUUGUAUAGAUUAAAGUUUGUUAAUUAUAAAUCUAA